CUUCCUGCGCCCAGAGAUCCGGGCGAGUGGAGGUCUCACGAGAAUGAAAGCAGAUCUCGCGACUCGUUUCCUUUUUGCCUAGCGACGAACCCGCUGGUUGCUCCAAGUAGAAUCCGUUAAGUGGCCAGAGCUGGUUGGAGUGAGCCCCUAGCCCUGGGCGGGGGUUCUUCUCCCGUAGAGGAGACGGAUUCAGAGGGGCUACAGACCGAGAUCGUUGAGAACCAGUCGUACGAUGAGCGGCUAGAGAUUAACGACUCGGAAGAGGUCGCAAGUGUUUAUGCUCCAACCGCAAGAUACCAAGGACUUCUUCAUUCUGCCCGCCUUCGCAGCAAGACUAUGGCUGAUAAUAGCAGUGACGAGUACGAAGAGGAAAAUAACAAGGUCCUAAGGGAGGGCAUGACACAGGCUCCAGGCCACAGAGGCAAAGACAUGGACCCCAUCCCUACUGCCCCUGCAAGUCCCAAGCGCCACCAGAGCUCUUCUCAUGGACUGGAGAGAGUGGGGUGGUACCUAGAGAGCCAGAAACUCAGAAAGGAGAGGAAGAAGACCUCCCAGAUGACCCCCCAGCGGGGCUUCAGUGAAAACGACGACGAGGACGACGAGGACGACGACGACUCCUCCGAGACCGACUCUGACACCGAUGAGGACGAAGAGCACGGGCCCCCUCCGGAAGGGGCCUACGAUCCUGCGGACUAUGAGCACCUGCCCGUUUCUGCCGAGAUUAAGGAGCUCUUCCAGUACAUCAGCAGGUACACACCUCAGUUGAUCGAGCUGGAUCACAAACUGAAACCCUUCAUUCCGGAUUUCAUCCCAGCUGUCGGCGACAUCGAUGCAUUCUUAAAGGUCCCACGUCCUGACGGAAAGCCUGACAACCUUGGCCUGUUGGUGUUGGAUGAACCUUCUACAAAGCAGUCUGACCCUACAGUGCUCUCCCUGUGGCUGACGGAGAAUUCCAAGCAGCACAACGUCACGCAACAUGUGAAAGUAAAGAGCGUGGAAGACGCGGAAAAGAAUCCCAAAGCCAUUGACACGUGGAUCGAGAGUAUCUGCGAGUUGCACCGGUCCAAGCCUCCUGCCACUGUGCACUACACCAGGCCCAUGCCCGACAUCGACACCUUGAUGCAGGAAUGGUCCCCAGAAUUUGAGGAACUUUUGGGCAAGGUGAGCCUGCCCACGGCCGAGAUCGACUGCAGCCUGGCGGAGUACAUCGACAUGAUCUGUGCCAUCCUGGACAUCCCUGUCUACAAGAGCCGGAUUCAGUCCCUGCACCUGCUCUUUUCCCUCUACUCGGAGUUCAAGAAUUCACAGCAUUUUAAGGCUCUUGCUGAGGGCAAGAAAGCAUUCACCCCUCCAUCCAACUCCACCUCCCAAGCCGGGGAUGCCGAGACAUCGGCCUUCAGCUGAGCCGCUUCCCGGGCAGCGAGGGCACGGCCGGCCCGCAGGCUGCCUUCCUGGGGCGGUGCGCAGCUUCACCGCUGCGGAGACGGGACGAGAAGAACUGGAAUUUGCUGAGGGAUCCAUGGAGCUCGGGCUGGGAGGAAAGCUUAAAAAGAUACUUUGUCUGGGAUAGGAAUGCAAUUACCUUCAAGUUCACUGACAAAGAUUUUCUAAAUAAAAUACCCUACCUGUU